GACUUGGUUUAAUUUCUCCAUGGGGUUUUGUGCAUAAAUCGAAGCUAUUCAAAAAGCAAUAUGAACAAAAUUUAUUGAAUUUACAACAUGACAAAUCUAAUGAAAAAGUAAACCUUAUUACCGAAGAACAUGAAAAUCUCUCAAUUCAGAAACGACUUGAUGAUUUAGAAAAACGUGCUGAACAUUUGGAAAGAAUUAACAAUUAUUAUAGAGAACAUAUUAUCGAUACUUCAUUAAUAACUUCUAUUAAACCCGAUUUAUCUCCUCUUAAUACGGAAUAG